AUGUUGGCGAGGAAGGAGAGACGAGGAGAGGAGGGGAAUAAGAAGGUGGAGGAAUGGAAGAAAGUGUUGGAUGCAACGAUGAAAGGAGAAAAAGAAGAAGACGAAAACAGAAGUGAAGCCCCCCAGCAAAUAGAAGAAAAAACGGCCGUGCAAAAAGAAGAAUCAAAGGAUGCUGCCAGCUGGUGGUGGCUGCCAGACCGAAAGGCCGGAGCAGAGGCUAUGCGGUGGGACAGACACAAAGAAGAGAAGAAAAAACGAGGCGAAGGGACUCUGAUUUCGGAGGAGGGGGGAGAGCAGCCAGAGCCAGAGUCAGAGGAGCUGGCCGACACCGAAGCCCUCGCCUCUUUUGCAGGGCCCGAGACCGAGCCUGAGACCGAAAGCUACAAGCGAGCUUCUGCUGGCGCCCAGCAUCAAUCCGAGUAUCAGAAAACGAGUUGGAAGAGAGAGAGAGAAACAACAGUCCCCAAAGCAACCGCACGAAAAGGCUGCGCGUGUGUCACAACAGCUGCAUGCGGCCGCCGGCGGUUGGAGAAGAGCUCGGCGGUUCUUCAGUCCGGGCGCUGGUGUAAAUCGACGGGAUCGUGA